CCUAAAAAAUAAUUGAAAACCCAAAAUCCUCAAACACCCAAUCUUCAUUUCCCUCCUAAUUUCUGGAGCCAAAACUCCAAACCUCCCAUUUCAGAUUCAAUUCCCUCUUCUCUGAAAACCCCCCCCAAUUUCCUCACACAGUCUCCAAUGGAAACCCAUCUCUCUGAAACCAACUCUCUGCCCCCAGAUUCAUUUCUCCCAAAUCCCCAACACCAAACCUCUUCUUCCCCAGAUUCAAUGCCUAUUCUUCCAGAAACCCUUGAUGGGUCUUCACAAACUGAAGACGUGUACGAGUUGGAUUUGGUCCCUGUUCUUGAAACUGAAAAUGGGUCUUCGUCCUCUUCGCCUCUCGAAACCCUAGGGUUUCAAUCUUCGGAUCGUGAUUCGCAAGGUUUGGAACAAGGGCAAGAAGGUGACCUCACAUCAGCUUCUCCUCACAAUGAUAAUAAUGUUUUGAAUUCAGAGUCGAAUUCGCAUUCGGAGGAGUCUUGGUCUCGGUGGCCUUCAUCCGAUUCUAGCAAGCAAUCAGUGGUUUACUCAGAGCCGUAUCCUAUGGAAGAAUCCAAGAUCUCUAUGGUGGGUGCAGGGCUUUAUAAUCUUGGCAAUACGUGCUUUAUCAAUGCGAUUCUGCAAUGCUUUACGCAUACUGUGCCCCUCGUGGAGGGUCUCCGAUCUUCCAAUCAUCCCUUGCCUUGUGAUUGUGGUAGUGAAGGGUUCUGCGUUCUUUGUGCUCUUCGUGAACACAUUGAUCUUUCAAUAGUAUCUUCGGGAGGGGCUCUUUCACCAUCGAAGCUUGUUGAUAAUUUGAACCAUUUCUCAUCUUAUUUCCGAAGAUACCAGCAAGAAGAUGCCCAUGAGUUCUUGCAAUGUUUUUUAGAUAAACUAGAGAGAUCUUGGUUGGAUUCUGAUAAAAAGAAUGAGACUUCAUCUUGCAAAGAUAAAAACCUUGUGAACAGGGUGUUUGGUGGCAGUCUCAUUAGCAAACUCCGAUGUUGUAGCUGUGGUCACUGUUCUGACACUCGUGAACCUCUGAUUGAUCUAAGUUUGGAAAUUGAAGAUGUUGACUCUCUUCCGAGGGCCUUGGAAUCCUUCACUAAGAUAGAAAAGAUAAAUGACGUGGAGACAAAGUUUACGUGCGAGAAUUGCAAGGAAGAAGUGUCGGUGGAGAAGCAGCUUGUGGUGGAUGAGGCCCCUCCAGUUGCUGCAUUUCAUUUAAAGAGAUUUAAAACUGAUGGAAAUUAUGUUGAGAAGAUUGAUAAGCAUGUGGAAUUUCCUUUGGAGUUGGACUUGAAGCCCUACACCAGUGGCAAUAACAGUGAUGUGGAGUUGAAGUAUGAACUUUAUGCAAUUGUGGAGCAUAUUGGCUUUUCAUCUACUUCUGGGCAUUACUUCUGCUUUAUUCGAUCCUCUCCAGAUACAUGGCAUAGGUUGGAUGACUCAAAGGUCACUAGGGUUCGAGAAGAAUUUGUUCUAUCACAGGAGGCAUACAUUCUGUUCUAUGCCAGGCAGGGUACUCCCUGGUUUUCAAGUUUAAUGGAAGGACAGAUGUCAUGCUCAGACCUACCCAUUAUGAAUACAUCACCUAAGUCUGUGCUAGAUAAUGUUGAGAACAUCUGUACUGUGAAUAAUCCUGAGGGUUGUACUCCCAAUGCACCCAGAGAUGUUGGCCAGAAAAUUUCUACUUUCUUCCGCAGAGCAAAACGUGAAGAGGUCUUGUUUACUGACACCAGAGAUGAAGCUGAUAGACUUUCUGAAAAGAUUGAUGGAUCCAAGCAUGAUGCUGGAGGUGUCAAGGAGACUGAUGAGAGUAUGCCUAUGAUUACUGCUUCAACUUCAGUUGGCACAAGUAAAUGUGUAGCUGGUACUUCACACAACAAUGAGAAUAAUGAGAAUAUAUGCAGUACAUCCUCUCUUGGUGGUAAUGACAUACAUAAGACGUUUGAUGAAGUCAGAGAUGCUGGUUGCCCUCCUUCGACACCACCCAGAUCUCGAAGUGUAGACCUGUUUUCUUUUGAGUCUACUCCAGAACCAAAAUAUCAUAUUCCCCGAGAUCAUCUGAAGUCAGCAGACAAUGUGAUCUAUAAAAGAAGAUCAAGCAAGGUUGUUCCUCCAGAUCCAGAAGAUCCGAAGAGAAAGGAAGCUAUCAGAUAUCUUGCAAAAUCAAGAAGUGCUCCCAGGGACAGGAGAAGUCAGCUUCUUGCUGCUAUCAUGGAGCCUCAAAGUGAGGGUUUGAACAAGAAAAGGAAAAGAGUGGGGAUCAUGACCAUGUAAAAUUCCACCUCUUCCAAGCACUGUAGAGUGUCUUUUUGGCAAGUGCAGGUGUAUGGGAAAUACAAUGCUCUUUUUACAGCUGUUUUUAGGUCACUCUUUCCCUCUGGUGAUGGAGGGAACUGUAGUCAAAUUUAGUUCAUCGUUUCAGCCACAAAUGUAAAGAUGAGUUUUUUUUUUCAAAAUUUGAUCUGGUUACUUACCAGAAAGAAAUAUUUCAUAGGAGUUGCUCUUAGAAUCAAUGAAGAAAAUUUCAUUA